AUGGAGCUGGCAGAAUCGAAGCUAAAGGUUAAGUUAACACAGCUAGAACUAUCUGUGAAGAAAACGGCGAGUAUUUUAGAAAAAGGCAAAGAGGAGGCAAUUGAGCGUCAUCUGAGCGCUCUUAAAGUGAUAACUAGUGAAGUCGAUCAAUGUAAACAAACAGUCGAAGAGCUGAAACUUGCGGAUAAAACCGAUCUCGAAGCGAUCGCGGAAUUCGAGGCAUCGGUUGACGAGAGAAUCGAAGCGGCGGACGACGAAGUAACGCGAAUCAAGCAAUGGCUCCAAGGGAAGGAAGCGGAAAGAGAUGCCGAAGAAAAGGAAGGUAGGAUACGGUUUGAGAUAUUACAUCAACUUAAGGUAGACUCAAACCCUGUACCAGCCUUAAAGAAUUACAAAAAUUUAGAGAAUGUCGAAUUGAUUAGCGCAAAACUGCCCAAGAUUGAGAUAACAAGAUUCGAUGGGUCGCCCCUUGUUUGGCCACGAUUUUGCGGUCAGUUUACUGAGACUGUGGACAAACGUUCUAUAGCACCGGUGAAUAAAUUUGCCCAUUUGUGUGGGUUUUUGUCGCCCAAAGUUAAAACUAUCAUCGAAGGCUUACCUUUCGACCCCGAGGGUUAUAACCGCGCCAAAGCCAUACUUCAAGAUAGGUAUGGCAAGAAUUCAGAAGUUAUUAAGGCUUACGUCAAACUAAUUAUGGAUCUGCCAACUAUCAAUCAAGUUAAUCUUAAGAAAAUACAUCAAUUUAACGAUCAGUUGAUGCAUGCUGUCCAAGCGCUUCAAACCAUAAAGAAAAUUGAGACGGUGAAUGGUUAUGUACCCAUGACCUUGGAUAAACUUCAAGCUAUCAGGGGGGAUUUAGUGCGCACAGACCCGGAUUGGGAAAACUGGGACUUCUCAAAAUUAUCCGAAGCUCGCCGAUUAUGGGCACGAAGAAAUCCGAUCGUUGAAACAAAUGAAAGGGAUGAAAACAAAUCGUGGAAGCACGAAAAAUCAAGAAAGUUGCUUUUCUCGAAAGCGCCAGAGC